UCUAAGUAGCUAGGUCGAACACAUUUGUAAACAUUCACGAAACAUUCCUUUCAUAUAAUCGCUGAACCAUUGUGUAUAUUCCAUUUCGAUAGAAAAAUUUCGGAAAAAGAACAAAUGUCGGACCUUAAGAACCAAUAUAAAAAGCCGCCGUCCACUUUCGGUAACGUGAAAAAAAUUAAAAGUGAUUUAGCUCGCAAGCAACAAAUAAAAAGUAAAAAAAGAAGAACAAAAGAGUUUGAAGAAAAUCGCGAAAAGAAAGAUCUGUCGCAUUCUUCUACUAAUUCGCAGAAAGAUAAAACUAAAAGAAAGUUAGAGUGGAAAAUAAAUCAAGAUAAAUCAUCGUCUUCUACGAAUUCGCAGAAAAAUUCGGAGAAAGAUGAAAGUAAAAAAAAGUUAUUAGAAUGGAAAGUAGAGCGAGAGAAAAAAAAGAAGGAGCAAGAAAAGCAAAAAAAGCCUCCUUUUAUUGUCGGAAUUGUUCGUCAUAAUUUUUAUUCUCCGAUAGCGGCUAUUAACAACUCAAUUGCAAUUACAAAAAAGAAAACAAAUGUACAAGCGCAGGAGAAAUCUAAAUCAAAAGAAGAUUACAAAUUUAAUCAAAAGAAGAUUACAAAAGCCACGGAGAAGAGAAGAGCAAAUAGAGAGCAAAUCGAGAAACAGAAAGCGGCUAAAAUUUCGAACGCAAAAAAGUCUCUUGCAAAUGAUAAUUGCGUCGAUAUCAAUAAACAGAAGUCAUUUGCUCCACUUAAUCACAAGUUUAAUCCUCCCGCUAACAUCUGUGUAUCCUUAUUUGGAGAAGUGUGCGUAGAAGACAACCUUACAAAUGAAAAUAAUAUGUCUGCACAUAAUAAUUCAACAAAUGCCAUUCCAGUUUCAUCAUCUAAUGAGUUUCCAACAAAAGAUGCUACAAUAGAGAAAUCUGACAUGCCAAUAGAAGAGAAGGAAUAUACAGUCGAGUACUUUAAACAUCUAUAUUACAAAGAGGAGGAUAGGCUUCAAAAACAUUGCAAAUAUUGGAAGGAAAUACAAUCGAAAAAUGACAUUACGGAAGAUAUUCGGUGUCAUAUUAAUCAAGCAAUAGGACAAACAACUUUGUUAAUCGAUAAGAAGUUUAAACGAUUUAAUAGAUUAAUACUAAUUUGCGAAAAAGGUAACACUACCACGCCUAUGGUAACAUGUACAGAUUUGCAUGGAUUUUGGGAUGUGAUGUACAUAGAUGUGAAGGAUUGUGAUUCGCGUUUUGAAAAAUUGAAAGAGCUUCAAGCUAGAAAUUGGCAAGAAGAGAAAUCAUUUUAUACAAACCCCGCUACAAAAGAGAUAAAUGUUAAAAAGCAAAAUGUAUCACGAAGUUCAUUGCAAGCAUCGAUUUCAUCCGAUAAGACAAGAAAGAUGAUAAAAAUGCAAGAUAAUGAGAAAGAUCCGCAGCAGAUUUUACUUCAGCCGAUCUCUACUAGAAUAAAUAAUGAAUUUUUCACUCCUAUAAAUGAUAAGGGGACAGUAGAGAUUAUUGAUAAUAGUUGUAAUGUAACGCGUCGUAAAUGUUGUAAAGAUUUGCUUAAAAUAUAUGCACAUCCUAUAUAUACAUCAACUCCACUUAACGGCGAUAAAUCUAACAAUAUAAAUGCUUCGCUUGUAACGAUGAAAAUAAAUCAAUUGUACAACAAAUUUACAAUGCAGACGGAUGAUCAUACAAAUAUAUCGCUUGAAGAAACAUCUAGAAAAAGCAUAAUGGAAAAAUUGGAAAAGCCGAGGCAAGGUUUAACACAAAAAUCAGCACGUGAUGCUAGCAAUAAUCUCACCCUGAAAAAACAAUCCGAUUUGGAAAUUAGUCAAAAUUCACAAGUUUUAUUAAAGAAAAUAAACAAUUUUGAACUUGAAAAACUAAAAGUUCCUGACACAAGCGAGCGUAAUCUUGUUGAAAGAAAAACAGAUAAUACAACUGAUAGUUCUCUUAUUAGUUCUUUCUCUACUCUGAUUGAAAAGACAAUGGAAGAUAAAAAUGAGACGCUUAAAUGGGUCCCAUGUAAUAAUGAUUUAAUCGAAACUCCUGUCUCUAGUGGAAUAAAAGACAAAAGGUCUCUCAAGGAACGAAGUUAAAUAAAGCUUUAAGAAUAAAAUCGCUUAAAAGUUCAAGGCGUUGGAUUAUAAAAAAAUAAAUGAAAUUUUAAAAUUAAAAUUCCAAUUUAAAAUUUUUUAAUUUUAAUUUUAAAAUUUCAAUUUUUCUGGAUUACAUGAAAACUAUUUUCAAUAAUCUCUAUAGCUGUCUUAUUACUCAUAGAAGGAAUUUUGCAAUUAUUAUUCAUAUUCAUGAUCUGUUGCGGAACUUCUUUGUUAUUUGAAUUUUGAUUUUCUUUUCAUCUUAUUUUAUUCUUAUUAUUAGCUAAAAAAUUUUAAAAUUAUUAGACAAAAAAUUUUAAAAUUAAAAUUUCGAUUUUUCUGCAAAAUUUAAAAAUACCAUCUGUAAAUUGAAAUGUAAAUUUAAAUAUAAAUUAUUUUUUAUUUAAAAUACCUUUAUAUAUAAUAUUUUUUAUGUAUUAUUUAAAAUAAAUCUUAAGUCUUACUUGCAAA